CCGGCCCCCUGCUCGUGACGUCGCCACAGCCCCGCCCAUCUCAGCCUCCUGUCGCCUGCAGCACAAGUCCCUAAGACCCUCGGCCAUUCGCUGCCGCCGCCAAAAUGUCUACAGGUGUGCCUUCAGGAUCAAGUGCUGCCACUGGCAGUAAUCGAAGACUCCAGCAGACACAAAAUCAAGUAGAUGAGGUGGUUGACAUCAUGAGAGUCAAUGUGGAUAAGGUGUUAGAAAGAGACCAGAAGCUCUCGGAGCUGGAUGACCGCGCAGAUGCACUGCAGGCAGGUGCCUCGCAGUUUGAAACAAGUGCUGCCAAGUUGAAGAGAAAGUAUUGGUGGAAGAACUGCAAGAUGUGGGCGAUAGGAGUCAGCGUCCUGGUGAUUAUUGUCAUCAUCAUCAUCGUGUGGUGUGUCUCUUAAUGAAGAACAGAUGAAACUGAAGCCGGCUGUUCAGGAUCUUCUUCAAGACUUUCUACUUGCUGUGUUAUCGAGCUUACCUAUUGUUUUUUUCCAAAUGAUUACUUUUGUUAGUUUACAUAGUUUAGUGCCUAGAAAAUGUGCCUUUGUUUUUCAUAUACACUCCAAACUGGAGGUGCGACCUACCAUGCCCACGUUUUGCACAGUGCCUUUACAGAUUUAUGGGCUGGGAAAGAUGACUUGUGUGUUUCAGAGUGCUGAAAUCUAGGUGGAUGUUGUCACUGAUGACUUGUGAAUUCUAGGAAGGGAAUUUUGUUCAAGUCACUGUCCCCACAUCUGACAUGUCUUCAAAACCACAUUUUAAACCUUUGGGUAAUUAAAUUCCCAACUUGGACCUUCCAAGAAGAACACUACUGCCUAACAAAAGUCAGUGACAAUAGCAGGGUGUGCCUUAUUUUGAAAGCUAGGUAACUUUUCAGAGUAUCCUCCAUUUGUAAGCACUACCGACUCCCACUGUAUUUAAGAUACUGGUGAAGAGCUCAUGCUCUUGUGUUAGAUAUGAAGAUGUUUACUUUCUUGUUCUUGUAUAUCACUUCUAAAAUAGUAUUUUAAUCAGAAAUAACCCUUUGACACGUUUUUAUAGAACUAUGACCAAAGUUUCUAGUUUGCCAAAAGUUAAAUACAAAUAAUUGCCUAUAAGUUUGCCUCUAAUAGUUAAAUUCAAAUAAGUGCCAAGUGUAAAUCAAGGUUCCCUUUAAGAAAAAAUGUUAAUACUGUUAAUGUGUGAGCCUUCAACAUCUUGACAGUCCUUCCUGUGGAAUGCUGCAGAGAAUACUAUUCAUUCUGAUUUGGCUUCUUUCCUAGAGCUAUAGAGGUGGGCUCAAAUCACACCUGUAAACAAGAUACUCAGCCAGUAGUUUGCAGACUCUACUAGGCUAUGGCCUCUGGUGUGAUGCAGGCAGCAGCUGUGCAGCCUCACAGAGGCAUCAGUCUGCAGAGAGGGUUCCAGAAGACUGUUUACUGCUUUGACUCAUCCUUUGUAUUAUGUGUGAGGUGAGGCAUCUGCUACUCCUGGAGGAUAGCUAACCAGGCAUGCCUGUUGCUCUUAGAAUGUAGCCAUUGUUGUCUGAGACAAUUUCGUUGUUUAUAUGAGACUUUCUUCAAGGUUUGCUUCAAAGAUGGGAGUUCAGGCAUGGGUGAAAUUGAGGAAGUGGUGAAAGACAAGUUGCUUGCCUGCAUCAUUGCCACUAGAACGUCCCAAAAUCUGUGUUUAUGUGCAGAGCAGCAUUAGUCAAGAUGUCAUAGAAUCUGGUUCUAGUUUUUUGGUUUUUUUUAAAUCUGUUUCCCUAAUAUUACUUAAACAAAUGUUUAAGGUAUGCCUUACCCCAUCAGCCUAGGGCCUCUGACCUGAUCUGACCCCACAACUUUGGUGCUGUCUCUUCAUAUUCUGUCAUGUAACUCAUUGGCUUCUGUAUUAACACAGUAAUACCUCGCUUCCCUGUGCAUUUAGCUGGGAAUGUCCCCGCUAUGGUGACCAGAAUAAAGUUGUUUAUUAACAUGA